CCACAAAAAAGUGUUUCUCCUUAAAAACUGCCAGACUUAUUUCCAUCUUUGUGCAGUAAACCUGAAACUGAGACUUGCAUGUUAAAAUAAUUGUGUUGUUCAUUCUUCAUAUAUUGUUUGUGUACUUUGACCCCUGAGAUCAAUACAGAAUUUAGCGUAGUUAAGGUAUUCAGUUUUUUCUUCAGUUAAUUAUUAUUCUUUCCCUCUGUGUGUGUGUGUGUGUGUGUUGCCAGGGGAAACUGACACAAUCACACACACUAAUUUUAGUGUCAGGACUUAACCUCACAUGCCUUUGGAUUGUGGGAGGAAACCAAAACAAGCAGGGAGAAUACAAACUUCAAACCAAAAAGACAACCUGGUGUUGAACUCAUCAUAUUGCGGCUGUGAGGCAAGAGUGCCAGCCUAUAUGCUGGCUACUUUCUUAGACACACUUUGCAUAUACUGUGUUGAACCUCCUUUCCCCAUCAGAAUUACCUUAUUUCUUAAUUUCCUAGAUUUGGGGAAAUGCUCCUCUUUGAUUAUAAUCCAUAUGAAAUGAGAGCUGUGAUGACAAACGACAAUGAAUUCACCUUCAUAAUUAAGAUGAUUUGUAAACUGCUGUGUUAUCCUGCUGGAAGUCUCCAUCGUGGCAUACUGUGUGUGGACAUAAAGAGGUGGAUGUGGUUACCAACAAUCCUCAGGAAGGCUGUUGGAAAAGCUCAGAGAUGCUCUUCUGUGCAGCUCGUUUGAGUUCCUGUUGUCCUGCUGUCACCUGUCCAUUCUCCUCUGACCUCUGGCAUCAACAAGGUAUGGAUCUGGAGGAGAAUGAGGUGGAGAGCAGCAGUGAUGCUGGCCCCUCAGGGAUGGAGGAGCCGUCUGAAAGCGGCAUGGGUAUGGAGUCGUCGGAGGCCAUGUCUGCAGACAGCAGCGAUGCUGCCGCCUCUCACGCCGCCGCCCCAGAGUCUGACUGUCAUGUGGGACAGAGUUCAGAGGGACUUGUUGUGUUCAUCCCAGAAACCAGCUCCAGUACAGAUGUCCGGGUGUCAUCAGUUCAUCUUCCGGACUCCUCCUCGGUGGCUCAGUCCACCAGCGUGUCCAGUGUCUCCACCGUGACUCAGUCGGUGCUGGUGUCUGAGUCCGCCCAGGUGCUGGUCCACUCCAGCGCAGUGUCUGAGGGAGCCAUGAUGGUUUCCGACUCGACGGCCUCUACCUCGUCAGAUUUGGGCUCUGCCAUCGACAAGAUCAUAGAAUCCACCAUCGGCCCCGACAUCAUGAAUGGUUGUAUUGCUGUGACCAGUGCAGAGGACGGAGGUGCAGAAACUACACAAUAUCUGAUAUUACAAGGACCAGAUGAUGCCAUAGAAGCUCUCGCUGAAGGUCCCACCUCCACCUGCCUGGACCAGGGAGACCUGCAGGGCGGCCUGGAACCCGACCAGCCCGACGAUCAGCCCGGACACUCGGGUUACCCAGAGGACAGCAGCAGCCAGCCCGACCAGCCCGAGCACUCUCACCCCUCCCAGUACAUAGACUGCACUGCAGAUGGCCCCGACCAGACGGGGGAGUCUUCAUCUUCCUACGUGGAGUGUUCAGAGCCGGACCAGACACGCUCGCAGUCAAUCUUCCCAAACUACAGCAGGAAUAACAGUGACCAGGACCUGCCUGGGUACGUGGAGUGCAGUGGGGCCGAUUCCAACCCCACCAGCAGGAGUCGGUAUGUGGUUGAGUGCAGCGUCGGUUAUCUGGAGUGUGCAGUGGACGGGGGAGAACAGCCUCAUCAUUCGCGCAGUUACAUCGACAGCAGUGCAGACCACCGGACGCAGUCAUGUCGGCAGUACGUGUCUGAGUACGGCGGGGAGUGUGUAGCGGCGGCGGACUCCGAGCAGCCUGGUUGUUCUCAGUAUCAAGCAGUGGAUGACGAUGAAGACGAUGAGCAGAAUCAGGAUCCGGAUCAGCCGCAGCACUCCCAGCAGCAGCCGCAGCAUUCCCUCUAUAUGGAAAACAGCAACGGCCCCGAGGCGUCCCUCUAUGCUGAUGACAGCUCCUCGUCAGACCACCCCCAGGCAGACACGGUUGGCUCCGGCGGGCUUCCUGAGGGACUGGAGUGCAGCGAGAGCCAACCGGGGCCCUACAUCAGCAGCAGUGGGACGUACUCCUCCAAUCCGGAACAGCAGUGCUCCCAGAGCCAAGAGGAGCCGCAAGGCUCCCAGGACGAAUCCAGGCUGGUUGAAGACAUGGAGACCUCAACAGUGGCAGAGGGCUCCGGGGACCGGCCCCCAAACCUGGCCGAGUUAGAGGAAAUGAUGGAAGUCGUGAUUGUACAGCAGUUCAAAUGUAAAAUGUGCCCAUACAAGAGUGCCUCCAAAGACACACUCAUCAACCAUAUGAGAGACAAACACUUCAAACCUGCAGGGGAAAUGCCAAAGAAACGCAAACGUGGCCGACCUCCAAAAAGUGAGACGCUGGCCCGUCAGAAAGCAGCGAGGGAGGAAGCAGAGAGGAGGAAUGCAGAAAGGAUGAGGGCUGACGAGCCCCAGCAGGCAGAAGAGGAGGACGGUAUCGUGGACGCUGGUGCUAUCGAUGAUCCUGAAGUUGACAGUGACUACAGCCCAAUGGAGGAGGACAGCAGAGGAAGACCACCUGCUCUUCUGAAGAAGUCCACUACUCCCAUCUCCUCCUCCUCCUCUUCUUCCUCCUCCUCAUCUGAAGUGCGUCCUCGACGUAAGGUCGGCCGUCCCAGGAAGUACUGUGUUUUAGAUGAAAGCUACAGCAGCAAAGAGGCGGAGGGUGUUGCCAAGAGUUGUGGGGUUAAUGCUGAUGCCGGAGCAUCCGAGGAGGCCAGCUCUUCUGGGCUGGGCAGCGGCCCGGGUCUGCUGGUGGACGGGGACGCAGCUGAAGCAGCCGUGAGCCAAUCAGACUCUGAGAACAAAGACCCGUCGUCCAACAUGCAACCGGAGGAAGAGUUCUUCCCCAGGAAACGAGGUCGACCAUCCAAGCGCUUCCUUCGCAAGAAAUACAAGAAGUAUAUCAAUCGAAAUCGGUACUAUAAAUCUCUGAAACCUCUCCUGAGACCUCACAACUGCUGGAUCUGUGGUUCACGAUUCCUCACUCAAGAGGAUCUGCGCUUCCAUGUGGACUCUCACGAAGGCAAUGACCCCGAGCUCUUCAAGUGCCUGCAGUGCAACUACCACUGCAAGCGCUGGUCGUCACUCAAGGAGCACAUGUUCAACCAUGAAGGCAACAAGCCGUUCAAGUGCGAAGAGUGUGACUACUCCAGUGUUUACAAGAAGGACGUCAUCCGCCACUCAGCAGUCCAUAGCAAAAAGAAGAAAAAGAAAACUGAGACAGCGCCUAAAGUCUCAGAAUUCCCCUGUCCGGUGUGUCACCGGGUUUAUCCCAUGCAGAAGAGGCUGACCCAGCAUAUGAAAACUCACAGCACUGAGAAACCUCACAUGUGCGAUAAGUGUGGUAAAUCCUUCAAGAAGCGCUACACAUUCAAGAUGCAUUUACUGACCCACAUCUAUAGUCUCGGGGACAACAAGUUCAAGUGUGAGUUCUGUGACUAUACUUGCGAAAACAAGAAGCAGCUGCUCAACCAUCAGCUGUCCCACACCAACGACCGACCCUUCAAGUGUGACUACUGCAAAUACUCCACCUCUAAGGAGGAGUUUCUCGUCUCACAUUUGGCCAUCAAGCACACAGGUGAGAAGCCCUUCUCCUGCGACAUGUGCCACUUCAUGACCAAGCACAGGAAGAAUCUGCGUCUGCACGUGCAGUGCCGCCACCCCGAGGCGUUUGAGGACUGGUCAAUGGCUCACCCCGAAGAGCCGGUCAAGAAGCGACGCAGGCCUUUCUUCACGCUGCAGCAGAUCGAGGAGCUCAAACAGAGACACGACGACACACCGGGGCUGCAGAACACUAUUGUGGCUGUUGAUUCGGCAACACUGCAGGCCAUGCAGGGGAUAGAAAACGCCUCGGUGUCCCAGGAUGCUUUGGGAAACACAACCAUCAUCUACGAACAUGGUGAAUCCGGUGACCUGUCUGCUCAGAACGCUCUGGACCUGCUGCUCAACAUGAGCAACGCCCGAGAACUGGUCGGAAACUCGUUACAGGUAGCGGUGCUGAAAUCUGAUGGAAAACCUUUUGAGAAGGGAGCAUGGAGCGCCGUCAGCACGGCGCCAGGCCAGACCCAGAAGAUCGUCACCUUCCACGUGUCUGAGAACGGAGAGACCGUCCUGCAGGAGGCCUACGAGGCAGCCAACUCCGCGGCCGGAGAGCUGGCCCACAUCGCCAUCGAAGCCUAUGAAGGAGGAAGCGAUUAUAGCGUGGUGGAGCAAGCCGCCGAAGAAAUCCACAGUCCAGGUAACGGUGACAGUAGCCCCUCCCAGGCUUUAGAGGUCAGUGGCUCAGAGAGCCUGAAAAGCGACAAGUACUAUCUCGCCUCCGCGCUGGCGGACGGCGUGCUGCAGCAAGUGGAGCUGAGCAGCGAGCCCCCGGCCUCCCCGUCCGCUCCGAGCUCCCAGGGCGCCGGCGUCAAGAGGUUCUCCUGCCGGAUCUGCAUGGAGUCCUUCCACGGACGCUCCGACAUGGAGAACCACAAAAAGGCGCACUUGGAUGCCAACACCUUCAAGUGUCAUGACUGCGAGUUCACCUCCUCGUCCUGGCCUGAGGUCAAGUCUCACAUGGUGCAGCACUCGUACCUGCGUCCUCACAAGUGCCCACACUGCAGCUUCGCCUCUAAGAACAAGAAAGACCUCCGCAGACACGUGAUGACCCACACCAACGAAAAGCCCUUCUCCUGCAAACUUUGUGGACAAAGGUUUAAUCGUAACGGUCAUCUUAAGUUCCACAUAAACCGUCUUCACAAUCAGGAUCAUCCGAUUCGCAAAAGCCGGACGUCCUCGAAUCAACAGACCAUCAUCGUGAACAGUGACGAGGAGGCCUUGGCUACGCUGCAGUCUCUGCAGUCCCAGACGGUGAUCACUCCAGAGCGGCUGCAGUCGCUGGGCCAGGAUCACAUCAUCGUCGCUCAAGACCAGGCCCUGUCAGACCAGGAGGAAGGCACAUAUAUCCAGCAGAUUACCACUAUAGAUGGACAGACGGUUCAGCACCUGAUGACAGGAGACAACCAGGUGACAGAGGUCCAGUAUAUCAUCUCGCAGGAUGGGGUGCAGCACCUGAUUCCUCAGGAGUACGUCGUGGUGGCUGACGGUAACCACAUACAGAUGGCAGACGGACAGAUCAUCCAGUACGAGCCUGACAGGACCUUCCUGCAGGAGCAACAGAUUGCUGUGAGUCACGAUGGUCAGAUCCAGUACCUGCCUGUGAGCUCAGAGCAGCAGGUGGUGAAUCCUGAAGAUCUGGAGGCUGCUGCUCACUCUGCGGUCACAGCCGUUGCAGACGCAGCCAUGGCUCAGUCCCAGACGGUCUACACCGAAGCCACGGCCGAACAGCUGGAGCAGCUGCAGCAGCAGGGCAUCCAGUACGACAUCAUCACCCUCACCGAGUAGGAGAGCCGGCGCGCACACGGCGCGCACAGAGCGGGACGGCACAAACCCUCAACCGCUGGCAGAUCAGAGACCUCAACUUAUUUAUGCAUCCAGCCUCGUGUCCUCCACAGCGCCACCUGCUGGGCAGUGACUGCAUUGUAUUUUUUUUUUUUUUUUGUAAAUUCAUAUUACUGCACUCAUUGCUUCUGAACUAAUCGUGGAGGCUGUGCAAUCCAAGGUUUAUUUAAACAAGGUGGUUCUGUUCUGUAAUGUUUACGUGCCUCAGAUGCUUCGAUUUGCAAGACAAUGAACGGUCAGACAAGUUUUGAAAAGUGUCAAAAAUAAAAUCCAUUUAGUUUUUGACUGAAGUGAAAAGAAAAGGGAUCGUUUAUUUUUGACCUGUAGUUAUAUAUGUUAAUUGUUUAAACUCUGUUAAACAUUGUGUUUGAUUAUUAUCAUGAAUCUGUAAAUAUAUUUAGCUUUUUUUCUUCUGUUGCGUGAUCCAGAUUAUGCUUUGAACUGGUGAAUAUAAAGAAAAUAAGCUGCAAGUUCACACCAAAUAAAUCACUUUAUGUAUA